CAGUAUGAUGAAACAGAGUUUUAUGGUAUUGGCAACUAUGAGUUCUUCAUUAUCGAUGCGUUCGCUUAACUCAAUAGAAAUAACCUUUUAAUUCAUAUGCUCACCAUGCCCAGAUAGUGCCACUUUACAGCCUGCCUACGACAUGGACUCAUUCUUUCCACAGUACUACAUUAAAUUAUUCCCAAUUUACACCUUUAUAGUAGCAUAGUUUUAUUAAAUUGACGUAUAAACAGCGAUCAAAACGUGAAUGUGUUUUAAGUUAAAUGUGGCACUCAAUAAAAAUUUUUUUUUUUUUUUAAUGAAAACUGUCGCGUUGUGUGCGUCCCAGUCCUACCGCUCGCUCGCCUUCUGGAGCUGGCAGUGAAUUCCCAAUGAGCAUGAUUGACGUUAGAGUGCUGACGAAGGCGGGCUUGGACUAGAACAGGGACAACAGGCAUAUACACGGAUUAUUCCAAAAUCGCUUUCCAAUUGCUAUGAGAAUAUGAAAAUGAAUUGAAACAAUGUUUGAGUCGACAUAUCAGUAGAGCUUUGGUGUCCUUGAUGACAGGACAAAAGGAAAAUAUUGAGGAUAGCCAAGCAUUUACCAUUGAAGUUGGAUAUUAGCAAAAACAGUCAGUGCCACAUGCAGAAGAUGGACUUUGGAGAAGUCAACACAGCCACAAAACCUCCAAUAGGGAAGAGGAUGAAGUCCCGAGCCCCUCCUCCGCCCCCGGCCCCCGAGCCUGCCCCCAGGAGAAUCUUCCGUAACGCCGUGCCUGAUGGGGGAGGCUCAGCGCAGGGCAGUAUGGGCAGCAUGGUGAUGGACACCAAGGAGAACAUGAUGAGGACUAGCGUAGACCUCCAUAUCACUCUGCCUCAAGGCUACCAGACCAGCAGCACAGUGGAUUGCAGCAAAGCACUCAUGGACCUGUUGGUGGAUCUGUGCAGCCGGUACCACCUGAACCCAGCCUAUCACACCCUGGAGCUGCUGUCCAGCGAGGGCCUGUCCCUAGCCUUCAAACCCAACAGCCUGCUGGGGUCCCUGGACGUUGUUGCCAUAAGCAUCAGGGAGAAAGUGUUGCAGGACAAAGUGGUGCGGAAACCUCCGCCUAAAGUGCCAGAGAAAACAGUGCGUCUGGUGGUGAACUACCACAGGAGCCAGAAGGCGGUGGUGAGGGUGAGUCCCCUGGUGCCCCUGGGGAGCCUGGUCCCAGCCAUCUGUGAGAAGUGUGAGUUUGACCCGUCCCAUGUGCUGCUGCUGAAGGACAAUGUCAGCAACCACGAGCUGGAGCUGGACAAGUGUCUGAGUGAGCUAGGCAUCAGAGAGCUGUACGUACUGGACCAGACUCUUGUUCGUCAACCUAAAAUGGCUUCUGCACCUGCUCUAAAUUACUCAGAAUACUUCCGUUCCAACACCUCAAGUUUCGGUGGGGCCGAGAAGAAAGGCCUGCUCGGAUUCUUAAAGUUCAACAGAAGGAAAUCAAAGACUGAAGAACAGUCGCCUACUAUGGACAUGGAUGGUCUUGAUAAUAAUAUUAUUCAAAAUACUGAAAAACACUACAAUGGCCUGUCCACGGUGUCCAUCGUGCCCUGUGUGGAGGCACGGCCCAGCACCCUGGGCCAGUCCCAGUCCGUCAUGAACAUCUCCAGGAUGUCCCCCAGGAUAGAGCUUAAGAAGAGGAGGGCCCCCCCGGCCCCCACACCCUGCCAGGGCUGCUACACACUGGAGGCCUACCAGGGGGCUCCUGACUCAGAGAGUACACUGAGGAAGAGGAAGGCCCCAGCACCCCCUCCUACCCCUGCUACCUCUGUCACCCCAGCUCCUAGCACCCCAGCACCUCACACCUCUGUCCAGAUGGCCCCCUCUCCCUCCCCAGCCCCCAGCUCGCCUACCCCCAGCUUGCCUGCGGAGGAGGACUCUGGCUCUGAGCUGAGCAAUGGGUCUGUCUACAGCAGCAGCAGUAGUGGGGUCGCCGCCGGCACCUCUGUCGCUGACACCUCAAUGGCCGACUCUGAUUCCGCCUCUAGCAGGGCUGAUGUGUCCAAGCCCGGCCCUGAUUCCACCCCCAUCAACAUUGCUGCCAUGGCUGACUCCUCCCAAGACUCCACCCCCAGCAAGGUUGACACCGGCCCCAGGAGCAAGACUAUGGUCAAUGUCGCCCCUACCAGCAAGGUUGAAAAGGUUGACUCCGCCCCCAGGAGCAGUACUGACAAGGCCAAGCCCACCCCCGACUCGUCCCGCAGCACCACACCGGAGGAGACCAGAGGAGAGUCUGCUCUUGGCCUGAAACUAGACGAGAAAGAGAACAACAGACACAGUGCCAUGGGUGCUGAGCGUCCAGUGCCACUCAAACCUCUGCGAACCCCAGUACGGGAGCUCCCCCAGUUAGUCAUCCCCUCACCCCCGCCUCCCCCUCCCCCUCCCUCAGACCCAGACUCCCCCGAUGCCUCACCAGAGAACCACAUGGAGGAGGCCCCUCAGUCUUGGCUGCACUCUCGGCAGCUCUCUGUGGCAGGACGCCAGACCCCAGACACAGAGGAAGAGGAGACUUUAUCAAUGGGCAGCAGUGGCAGCUUCCAGGAUCAGGGCUAUGCAGCCUCCGAGGGCAUGGCUGAGGACUCUGGCCUGGUCAGCUCCCCCUUGGCCUCCGACACCACUCACCCUACCUCCCCUGACGGGAGCCUCUCCCUGGACUCUUCUGGCUCCUCUCACCCCAUGAUCCAUCCCCUCACCAAGGACUGUUCUAGUGAUAGUGACGAGGGCUGUGCCACGUGGGGCUCCAGACACAGACACAGCAGUGAUAUCAGCCACAACGACAAAGCAGGCAAAACAAAGGACAUCUAUGACGAGGACUCAGAGCUCACCGCUCAGCUCAACCAGACUCUGGCUGAUCUGGAUGCUGAUCUUGCAAAUAUAAGUCACAUAGAUGCGGUUUCAGUGCAAGAGCACCCCUACGUGAUGUCCACUGAGAGCAAUGACAUCCCGGUGUCUGUGGUGGAUAUGGAGGUCCCGGUCACAGCCAUAGAUCAAGUCCUGGAGGACUACGAGACACCGAGCAUGACGGAUCACCAAGUCACACUAAUGAGUAGCUCUCAAAGAACGGACAAUAAAAACCUGAACCACAGUCAUCAUCAUGCAAGUGUUGGUGGCAUACAGAACAAAAACAACAACGCCUGUACGUCUGACGGCUCCAGCAAAGUCAGCUCUGCUCAACCACAGCCCGCGCAGCGCCUCAAAUCACCAGGGAAGAAGCUUGCCAAUGGCACCACGGGGAAAGACCAUACAGCAGGGGUCUCUAAGACUAAAGUAGAAGUUCAAAGAUGGGAGUCCACUGAGGGAGCUGAGAGGAAAGCCUCACCUGUCAACAGCUCUCUCGCUGUCCCGGAGAGCCAUUCCAAGUCCCCUGAGGAAGAGGUUCCCACCUAUAGAGGCCACACUGCCUCACAGUCACAAAUUAAUAUCACCUGUAGCCCAGUCUCUCGAUUCGGUAUGAAGACAUUCACCAUCAUUCCUCCCAAGCCAUUAGUUGCAACCCAGCCUCAGAAGCCAGCAGAGGCCACGGCCACUCUGAGAGCAGGUGCCAUUAGAAUUGACGAUCAGGGUAACAUGGUCAAAGUGCCCAUCGCCCGAAACAAGUUUGGCGGUUCCUCUGAGUCUGGAAUCAACAAAGAUGACUCCGUCUCACCCCUCCUGGGGAAAGCCAAAGCCUUCUGGAGCUCCACAGAGAAGCAGGACACUUCUGCACCUUCGGUCCCCACUAGUAGAGGGCCUGUCCCUUUCACAAAGACCCCAAGCCCAGAGCCUGAGGUCCCUAAAACCACCCCACGGGUUGUAGCCUCUGACCCACCUGCAGCCAAGGCAACACCUAAGGCCUCUGAACCUGUAGCCAAGAUGACACCUAAGGAAACAUGCAAAGAUGUUGAGGUAACAAAGGACGUCUCACAGGAAGCAGAGGGCAAGGCCCCAGUUCCAGUUUCAGAGACGCCUGUGCAGCAGCAGCAGCCUAUGAAAUUCAACACUGGUAUUCUCCAAGAUCAGAAAAGAAACCUUUCUUUCCUCAAGCCGUCCAGGAGAACAUCCAGUCAGUACGUAGCUUCAGCCAUUGCUAAAUACGCUGUGAAGCCCACCAUGGCCAAAGCUGACAACAUCCAAGAAGUAACAGCAAAGUUGUCUGACCCCAUGAGAAAGCCACCUGGCAGUUACAGCUAUCAGAAAGAGGGUCGAUCCUUUCAUGUAAAUCCACAGCGGUCCUCUGGUACAUCUACUACAGUGAAGAAGGAGAGCAGCUCUGGGUCUGGAUCCUAUCACGCCGGUGCUAAAUGUUACCCUGACUACCUCUCAGCGGAGAAACAGGUAGUCUCUGGUGAGUCGACGCAAGGAGUGGACCGGAGUGGUUAUAGGAGCAGUUCUACCCUGCGAGGUGGAGGAGGGAGCUCCAAGUCACUGGACUCUGAUACAGUGGCCAAUAACAAUAAGCAGCAUGGGUCCAACAGUCCCAGUCCCAGACAGCAGACACCGAUUACACCUCCACCACCAGCACCACAAUCCACCACUAAACAGGUGCCUGCCAUCUCCAAGCCCUCGCAGGGUCCACCACCUGCACAGAGCAGAUCAGAGACAGUAGGUCCAAAAGGUAAUCCAGCCCUGGCAAAGAAGCCUGAACCACCGCGAUUGGCUGCAGCUGCUGCCAGCAACGACCUCCCAGAGCCCCAGCAGGUCAGUCUGUUUGGGCCGGUGAAGAAGUUCAAGCCUGUGAUCAUGAAGUCGGUCCAGAUGGACACGUCGCUACACACCACUCUGAUGUCGGCCAUCCAGUGUGGGGAUGGGAAGGAGAGGCUCAGAAAGAUAUCGGACUCAAGUGCAAGCAGCACUUUGAAGAAAUCGUCCUUUGUUGAGGAAGAGAAUGAGCGAUGUGCGCUACUGGCAGCCAUUAGAGGCCAACGUAACUCUGCAGGGCUAAGGAAGACCAUAUCCCAGGCUGCAGAGGAGCUUGACAAGUUCAGGAAGACUGAGGAGGAGAACAGAGCUCUGUGUGAUGCCUUCCCUGCCAUGCCUCCCCCUCCUCCAUUUGUGCCUCCGCCACCUCCACCCCCCUCUAUGCUCCCUCCUCCUCCUGCCCCUCCCUCCACUCAGCCCAAGCCCACUAUGAUGGGGCAGCCCCCGGGGGCUGGGGGGAAUCCCGCUCUGGCCCGGGAUGCAAUGCUGGAGGCCAUCCGAUCUGGCUCUGCAGCUGAGCGCCUGAAGAAGGUCAAUGCCCCCACAAAAACAGUCCAAGUGAACGGUAGACUUGGUACUAUACAAGCAGCAUCAUCGCUCUCACAAGGACAAUAAAGAAUCUUCCAGAAUGAUUCCAGAACAUCUUGCAGUCUGAUUAGAAUCAUCAUAGGCAGCCAAAUAAUAUAUGUUAUCUUUCACCUUAAUUUAUCAUUGUCCUUAUGUAUAUGUAUCCAGUUAUUUGUACUUGAAUAGUUGCAAUAAUUGGAAAGAUGAAUCGAUGUACAAAAGCAUGUGCCAAUAAUUUUUGUUGCUUUGGAAUAUUUAUUAGCUGCUCUUGCUGAUGAUAAUAAUCUUAGGAAAUAAUUUUUGUUCUUUUAUUUUUUUUAACUUUUUAAUACUUGUCCACAUGGAAUUGAUGCCUCAUGCUGUCUUACUGUCAGUGUUAUAUUUGAUUAUUACAUAUUAUAUAUUCCAUGUUGUAGGAUGCAGUGGAUCAGACUCCUUGAUAUAGUGCAAUGAGUAACACCGGCCAAGGAUGACAAAAUUUGGCUCCAAGGGACUCUCCUCUCCAGGUGGUGGGUGAUUAGGUAUGUAUCCUAAAUAGUACACUACUUUUGACCAAAGCCCUAUGGGCCCUGGACAAAAGUAGUGCACUAUAUAAGGAAUAGGGUACCAUUUCGAAUGCAUUCUAGUUUAUUUUGCAAAGCUCUGGGUAUUUAGAUCUUGUCUAUGCUGUUGUUCAACCUUUACAUGUUUUUAUUCUUUGAUUUAUAAUGCCUCUUAAUAUAUUUAUUUUAAUCUUCAGAGAAAAGAUUACUAACAUAUCCUUUCUUGACAUUACAAAAUAAUUUUUGAAGCAUUUCUGUUUGUGUAACUAUUGGUGAAUAAUAUCACCAUGACUUAGUAAAAUAGUUUACUAAUCAAUAGAUAUAUGAGUAACGAACAAGAGGUAUGGGCUUUUAUUCCAUUUUCAGGAAAAAAGUCUGACUAUUUGCUAUGAUUUUAUUGUUUAUUUAAUCACAAAGUGUUCUAUGUUGUUUGCAUGGGGCUCCAAUGCACAGCUUUUUGUUGUUGUAUUCAACAGUAGAUCAGAUGUGCAGUACUGUACAUGAGCUUGUCUCUCUAGAUGUUUUAUGGCAUUACUAUGGCAUUACUAUUGUAGUUGAAAGAAAGCAAAAGUGAAUAUUAUAAUAUUUUAUAAAGGAAGUACUAUCAAUAUUGAUCAGAAUGACUGAAUGAUAGACUUAAAGAGCCAACCAGUGUAAAGCAUGAAAAUAGGGACCACAGGAUUCUAGACUGGUCUGUCAAAAGAUGGAUUCAUAGGUUGUCCAGCUCCUUAAAAUUCAGUUUAGAUGUUUACUUAUGUUCUAGAUCAGGGGUAUUCAACUCUUACCCUACGAGGUCUGGAGACUGCUGGUUUUCUGUGUUACCUGAUAAUGAACUCCCAGGUCUAAAUCAGUCACUGAUUAGAGAGGAACAAUGGAAAAAAACAAAGGAACUGUCUUUGAGGUCCUGAGUUGAGUUUGAGGCUAGAAUGUUGUAUAUUUUGUAAACUACAGAUCAAUUAUUACAUUAAUAAACUGUUGUUAAAAUUGGAAAUUCAACAGAAUAAUAUGAAUCCAAUAAAAUUGAGUUUUAUAAGCUGUUGCUUUUUUGUGUUUUUGGAAGAAUUUCACAUUUUAUUUGAUCUGCAAUUUUUUCUUUUUUUUCAAUAAAUGAUUUUUGUAACCAUG